AUAUUAUAAAGCUUCAGUUAAAGAGCUUAAAAAAUAUAUAGAAAGUAUUGAAGAUAAACAAAGUUUGGAUCCUAAAAUUCUGAAAAUUGCUGAGACAGAGGCUUCUGAAGAAAAAUUAAAAAAACAAAUAGAUGAAACAUUAACAAAUAAAAUAAAUGAAUUACUAAAAGAUCUAUUAGACAAAAUUAAUAAACUGGAUAUUACAAAAACAGAUGAUUCUGGAGAGAAAUUAAAAAAACAAAUAGAUGAAACAUUGACAAAUAAAAUAAAUGAAUUACUAAAAGAUUCAUUAGAUAAAAUAAAUAAACUAGAAAUUACAAAAACAGAUGAUUCUGAGGAGAAAUUAAAAAAACAAAUAGAUGAAAUAUUGACAAAUAAAAUUAAUGAAGUAUUAAAAGAUCUGCUAGAUAAAAUUAAUAAAUUAAUUAAGCUUAUUGAACAAAAAGAAUAA